UCAAUGGCACCUAAAACCAAUCAGUUCCCGACAGUACUCGAUAACAUAAAUGCAUCGCUGCAUCCCUCUCGACGAUAGCCAGUGUACCGUGACACUAAGCGCAUAUAAACGCCACGAAUGCUCUAGUUAUACACAGUGUCCAUAUCGCCAACGUAGUGCAAACAUUAAACAUGGUAAAGUAUCUCCUGGUCUUGACCUUGGUCGCGGUCGCCUCGGCGAGGACGGCGACCACAACACAGAACAAACUAGAAGCCAGAAGUGCAGACGACAAUAUCCUAGGAGAACUUAAAUUUGCCUACGAGACAUACAAAGACUGCAGCGGGUCUGAAAUUUCGCACUGCCUCAAACGAAAACUUGCGAAGACUUUGAGCAGGUUGACGAAUGCUGAGGAGCUGACGAUUCUGGAUGGGGUGACGUUAACCAAGGAUAAAGAUGUCAAGAUUGAAGAGAAGGAGGAAGCGAUCCCGAGGGGGAUGAACGAUGGUUCCCUGAACAACCUGAUUUUCGACAGGAUCGUUAAUUUCAUGAGGACCCAUACGUUACAGGUCAAAUUCCCCACUGACGAUGGCUCCGAAGUCGACACUGACAUGGCCCGCAGCAGAAGAAAGAAGCUCGCUCCCCUCCUCGCCAUCCCCCUUCUCAUCGGAGGUAUGAUGGUGCCCCUGGCCUUCGGGGCUCUCGCUCUCCUAGCAGGAAAGGCCCUCAUCGUGUCCAAGCUCGCCCUGGUCCUUGCGGGUAUCAUUGGUCUGAAGAAACUCCUGUCUCCGAGUGGGGGCGGACAUGAAGCUCAUGAGGUGGUCGUCUCUGCAGGACAUGGAGGUUCAGGGUGGAGUAGGUCGCUCGAGAAAGCCCAUGACUUAGCGUACAACGCUUACGCCCAAUAGCCAGCUAACCCACCAGUUAUUAAUUAAUACGCGGAAAAAAGGACCAGUCGGUUUCACAUGAAUAUUAUAUAAAUAGAGAACGUUUAAGUAAAUUAUUUACAAUAUAGAGUACGUAAUUAUGCAACAUUUGAGAGAGGAUCUAUCGCAAAGUCAUUCCUGAAAACUUAAAAAAUAUUUAUUUAUUUAAUCAUUUAUAUUUCAAUAAUAUUUUAUGAAAACUAUUUAUUGAAAUCCGUAAAUAAAGCUAGAAAAACAUUAUAAAUAUUACUCGACGACAUUUGAAAUUCAGUUUUCUAUAUAAGUGUCAUAUUUUUAUCUAUUUUUUUGUUUUUAUUUAUUUAUUGUUUUCGAAAAUAUUGCUUCAGGAUGUUUGGAAUGAACGUUUAGCCGUUUUACAAUUUAGAUACUGCAAUGGUCAGUCAUUAUGUCAUUUCAUAUGGGUAUUUAUUUAUUAAAGUUUUUAAUAUUUAAAUAUAAGUAAAAUAUGAGUCAAAGACA